CCAUCUCUCUCGAAGACUAAGGCCAAGCCCAUCGUUAAGGAGAAUCAAAACAAAUUCAACGAUAAAAGUUUCUGGGCGUAUCUUUCUUCUUCUUAUUAUUCUGAUUCUUCUCUCUCUAUUUGGCGUUUGGCUGCUGAGAAAAUUAGAAAGAAAAAUAAAAUGAAAUCUUUCUGUUCUGUCAGUCGUCUUCUCGCUGGCGGUUAUCACUGAGAAAAAGAACAACACAGAAAAAUGAAUGCUUUCAAUCCUGCUAUUCUUUUAUCAGAUCCAAAGAAUAAGUCAUGCUUUCGCGGCUUCUUCAUUGUAUUUUCUCUUAUUUGUGGCAUUUACUUUGCUGGAAACAUCUUAAUUACAGAGGAAUACAGAUCAAGAUUAGUGAUCGGCACAAGGAAUAUGAAGUCCACUGCGUGCGAGAGUCAAUGCAGGCCAUCUGGAAGUGAGGCAUUGCCAGAAGGAAUUGUUGUCAAACAAACUAACUUGGAAAUGCGAUGUUUAUGGAACUCUAAGGAAAAUAAGAGACAUUCCAAGACUCCAUUGAAAUUGUUGGCAAUGACAGUAGGAAUUAAGCAGAAAGAAGUUGUCAAUAAAAUAGUAGAGAAGUUCCCUGCAGAUGAGUUUGUUGUAAUUCUCUUUCACUAUGAUGGUAUUGUGGAAGGAUGGAGGGACUUUUCUUGGAGUGAUAGUGCCAUCCAUAUUUCUGCAAUUAAUCAGACCAAAUGGUGGUUUGCAAAAAGAUUCUUGCAUCCAGAUAUAGUUGCUGAUUAUAAUUACAUAUUUCUAUGGGAUGAAGAUCUUGGCGUUGAAAAUUUUGACCCAGAAAGGUACUUAUCUAUUGUGGAAGAAGAGGGACUUGAGAUCUCACAACCUGCACUUGAUGCAGAAAAAUCUACUUUGAAUCAUAAACUCACUGCUCGUUGGGGAGGAUCAAAAGUGCACAGAAUGUAUCAUAAGUUAACGGGAAAUGCAAGGUGUGACAACCCCAGCAUUGGUUCUCCUUGCAUUGGGUGGGUGGAGAUGAUGGCCCCUGUGUUCUCUAGAAAAUCUUGGCCUUGUGUAUGGUAUAUGAUUCAGAAUGACCUAACUCAUGCCUGGGGCCUGGAUAGGAAGCUUGGUUAUUGUGCACAGGGUGAUCACACAAGAAAUAUUGGCAUAGUUGAUGCUGAAUACAUAGUUCAUUUUGGUCUGCCUACUCUUGGUGGCUCAAAGAACAAUCAGGGGUUGCAGGGCUCUCAUACCAAUCAUGUUAGAACUAAAGUUAGGAUGGAGUCAUACAGGGAAAUGCAGAUUUUUCAGAGAAGAUGGAAUAAUGCUAUGAAGAAGGACAAAUGUUUUACAGAUCCGUAUGGACAAAUGACAGAUCAGAGUAGCUCAUAAGAUAAUCAAAGACUUUUUUGUGACUAAGCUAUUCAUUGCCUUAAAUAAAGGUGUAAAUAAGGAGGCAAAGAAAAAUAAGUUUCCAACCAAGGUUGAUCUAGUUGAUAAGCAUAGGAUUCAUACCUUACAAGGUUGCGGAUUUGAAUCAUGUUGUUGAUGUGAGAAUCCUAAUGUAAAUACCUCAAAGCAUUCUUUGAUCCAUAAGACCUGUCUUGAUCUUGGUUAGCCCUCAAAAUCCACCUCACCUGAACUUUCUCACCAAAAAGAAAAGUGUUCAUCUGACAGCAGGAAAGUGUAUGCGAUCUAUGUUGCUUUUACAAUUUGAACAGUGAAUGCCAAUGUCAGUAACAGAUUGACAAAUAAUUGAAGAAAUUGAAUUUUGUUUUUA